AUGAAGUUCCUUGGUACCCGUAUCGCAGGUCUGCUGUUUGCCAGUACUGCCAGUAUUGUCAGUGCUGCUCCCAUCGCCGUUCAGCCCAACGUCGAACUCAGCGGUCUCUCUUCCCGAGCCGCCACGCCAGGAGACAUCAGCUCAACAUACUGCGAUGUACACCCAGACGUGUUCCCCUGCUCCGAGUUCUGCAAAGGUAACCAGCUUGCAGACUUUUGCAGACCCGAGUGGUGCAAGCACAAUCCUGGACACUGGACUUGUGUGCCCAAGUAUAUUGAUGAGAACGACACUGGCAAUUCUUAG